GCAGUGCACGGCCGUCGCCCGACAGUCGGCCAGAGUCCGUCAGCUGCUCACGACAGGCCCGACAAUUUUGUCUCGUUUAAGAACAAAGAUCAAAGUGUCGUAAAUGAAAUCUCAAAGUUUGUCCUUCCCUUAGCGCAAGACUCCUCUCAAAUAUACUCAAGAUGGGCGCUGGUUCCGUAGCAAGACUGGCCAACACAUUCCUGCUCCUCACUUGCCUUGGUUCAACGUUCACGCAGUCCUUUCCCGAAGCCAGUUAUAGCACAGUGGAAGACACAACAAACAUCGGAGAGGCGGAGUCGCGCACAGCCGGCGCAGAGCUGGAGUUCCGCUACCACGACCACGACCAGCUCACGCGAUACCUGCGCGCUGUCUCCGCGCAGUAUCCAGCGCUCACAGCACUCUACUCCAUUGGAAAGUCCGUGCAAGGUCGCGAUUUGUGGGUGAUGGUGGUUUCAGCGUCGCCGUACGAACACAUGAUUGGAAAACCCGACGUGAAGUACGUGGCUAAUAUUCACGGGAACGAAGCCGUCGGCAGGGAGCUGCUGUUGCAUCUCAUACAGUAUUUGGUGACUUCAUACAACACAGAUCCGUAUAUCAAAUGGCUCCUAGACAACACGAGAAUUCACCUGAUGCCGUCCAUGAACCCUGACGGCUUCUCCAUCUCUAAAGAAGGACAGUGUGACACAGUUUUUGGCAGGUACAACUCUCGGCGGUACGAUUUGAACCGCAACUUCCCGGACUACUUCAAGGCCAACACCAAAAAGCCGCAGCCGGAGACCGAGGCCGUCAAGGAGUGGAUCAGCAAGAUUCAGUUCGUGGUAUCUGGCUCUUUGCACGGAGGCGCACUCGUCGCUUCAUACCCUUUUGACAACACGCCCAAUUCUAAUCCCCUGAACGCAGUGUUCCAAACAUACGCGCACACGCCGUCGAUCGCGCCCGACGACGACGUGUUCCGCCACCUGGCGCUGGUGUACUCCAAGAACCACGAGAAGAUGUCCCGCGGUGUCUCCUGCAAGUCGGGCUCCACUCGUUUCGAGAACGGCAUCACUAAUGGCGCUGCGUGGUAUCCACUCACAGGUGGAAUGCAAGAUUACAACUACCUCUGGCACGGUUGCAUGGAGAUUACGCUGGAGAUCUCUUGUUGCAAGUACCCGCCCGCGCACGAGCUGCGCAAAUACUGGCUGGACAAUAAAGAGUCGUUGAUAAAGUUCUUGGCGGAAGCCCACCGCGGUGCGCAUGGGUUCGUGAUGGACGAGAAUGGUAACCCAGUGGAGCGCGCCGCCAUUCGCGUGAAGGGCCGUGACGUCACCUACCACACCACCAAGUACGGCGAGUUCUGGAGGAUUCUGUUGCCGGGGACGUAUCGACUUGAUGUAUCGGCUGACGGAUACUUGCCACAAGAAGUUGAGUUUAUCGUAAUAGAGAGUCAUCCGACUUUGCUGAAUGUUACUUUACAUUCGGCGAAAGGUUACGUGACGACCCGGGCUCCGAAACACGAGCCUGGCCGCGCUCGUGUCACCAGCACCACCGCCAAGCCAUCAACGCAGCCGCAAGAUAUCUUUGUGUUCCCUCAAGACUAAUUGAAUUACACACACUAAUUAGCUUUUUGAUUAUUGAAGUUCAGUAUGUACACUGAAAUGCAGUAUAACCAAGAUCUGUAUUUUCUAAGUACAAAUAUAUUAUGUAGGACCAUAGAAAUUUAAUAAUAUUCAGAUAUCUAUGUGUAGGACCAAUAUUGAAGGUAUCUACAACUUUUACAAAAUGAUAUUUUACAAAUCUUGUUUAGAAGAAGUUGUUUAAGCCAAUAUUAUUGAUUGAAUCAACCCUUUAGGUGUUUGUUCUUUAUAUGUAUUAGCUUAUAUUAAGUAAUUGUAAUGUAAGUAAAAUCGUAUUUAGAAAUUGAUCUCACGUUUGGCUUGCUUGUUGAAGAUGGUGAAGGAAAUGUAAAAAAAUAUGUAGAUAGACAUAUAUUGCAGAUUGUAUUGUAUUUAUUCGUGUUAUUUAUUAACAUAAACCAAAUGUCUGAUGUACUUAAGUGAAUGCAGACUGUGUUCAGUAGUCAACAUUAUACUAUCUAACAUUAUGUUAUACGAGUAGGAUGCGUGAAUUUAUUGUACAAUUAUGCAGAAUUAAAAAAGACGUACUUACUUCCCACGUUAUACAAGUAGUAUAUUUUGUCCCGUGUAAAUAAAUUUUAACUUUUUCAAUAACCCAUUUGAUAUAUCUACUUAACACUAUAACGCAGGUAAGGUGUUUGUUCACAUAUUUAAUAGCAAAUAAGUUCAAAUUAGAAGAUAUGUAGAUAGAACGUCAAUUUACAAAUAUAGAGCUCUUAACAAAAAUCAAUAAGAAACAAAAUUACUAAAAAAAUUCAUCGCACUUUAAGAAUAACACUUUGAGUGUUCCUAACCUACACUUGUAAUCAACCUAAAAGAACAAACUUGGAUUUAAAAAGUAUCAAAGAACCACUAUUUACUCAUCAUCACCCUCCCGGCGUUAGACCCAGUUAUAUGCUCACCUCUCUGGAAAGGAGCCUGUGGUGCGCUUUUAUCUUUGACUAUUUGCUGA